UCAAAAUGUCAAAAAUUAGGAGGAAGGUCACAGUGGAAAACACCAAGACUAUAUCUGAGAGUACAUCCAGAAGACCUAGUGUGUUUGAGCGUCUUGGACCCAGCACUGGCAGCACAGCAGAGACACAGUGCCGUAACUGGCUGAAGACUGGCAGCUGCCUCUAUGGAAACACAUGUAGGUUUGUACAUGGCCCUUCACCUCGUGGGAAAGGUUACAGCAGCAAUUACAGAAGGUCACCAGAAAGACCUACAGGUGAUCUCAGAGAAAGAAUGAAGAAUAAGCGUCAGGAUGUGGAUUCUGAAUCCCAGAAACGGAAUGCAGAGGAGUCAUCCUCACCUGUUAGGAGGCUUGUUAUUUUUCAGAAUUCUGACACAGCAAAUAAAUUAGCAUUGAGAGCAAAAUUGAUGCUUGAAUGUAGUGAGUGA